AUGAAUGUCGACGAGCUCUUCAAGAAAUCAUCCUCCACUGGAGGUGCUAAGCGCAAGUUCGAGCCUCUCCAAGACCCAAAUGAGGUGUACAAAUCAGCAAAGAUCGAUUCAAAUGGUGAUGUGAGGUCGAAAGGGAAGGCCCCCAUGGUUGAGGAUGAGGACGACGGGGAAGCUGGACCUGAGCUCCCUCCGGACAUGGAAGAGGAUCUCCCAGAUGACGAGGAGGGCCGCUUCUUCGGCGGUGGAAUGGAGCAGAAGACAGCGCAAGCGAUGGAAUACAUUGACCAAUAUGAGGAAGAAGAGGCUGCGCCCGAGAACUUCGACUCCGCGUGGGUACGUCGCUUCGCAUUGAGUUUCGAAAAGAAGAUUUCCAAGAACGCCGAGCUACGAGCAAAAUUUGAGAGUGACCCAACAAAAUUCAUGGUCUCUGAGGCCGAUCUCGAUAGUGAGAUCAAGGGCCUAUCGAUUCUGUCCGAACACUCUGAGCUAUAUGAGGAAUUUGCAAAGAUGGGAUGCGUGGGAUCUCUGAUCUCCCUGCUCGCACACGAAAAUGCAGACAUCGCAAUCGAUGUCAUCCAGAUUAUAAGCGAAUUGACAGACGAGGAUGUGGAGGCGGAGCAAGAACAAUGGGAUGCCCUCGUUAAUGCGAUGAUGGAAGCCGGUCUUAUUGAGUUGUUGACACAAAACCUCUCCAGACUAGAUGAAGGAUCUGAAACCGACAGGGCGGGAGUGUAUUAUGUGCUAGGCGUAUUGGAAAAUCUUGCCUCCCAGACAUCACACGCGGAGACAAUUGGACAAGACGCGGCGAUCCUGCCAUGGAUUUUGUCACGCAUUCAGCAGAAAGAAGCAGUCGUCACUCAGAACAAGCAAUAUGCAGCAGAAAUAUUGGCGAUUCUAUUACAGUCAUCCUCAAAGAAUCGUGGAAAGUUCAUUGACCUUGACGGUAUCGAUGCCAUUCUUCAGUUGCUUAGCUUGUACCGCAAAAGAGACCCGGCCAAAGACUCGGACGAAGAAGAAUUUGUCGAAAACCUGUUUGACUCACUCAUUUGCUUGGUCGAAGAAAAUUCCGGGAAAGACAAGUUCGUUGAGGCCGAGGGAAUUGAAUUAGCACUGAUCAUGCUCAAGGAGGGCAAGUUUAGCAAGCCUCGCGCGUUGAGGGUACUUGACCAUGCCUUGGGUGGCGUCGGAGGUGCGCCGGCAUGUGAGAGACUGGUAGAGGCGGCUGGUUUGAAGACUGUCUUCGGCAUGUUCCUGAAGAAGCAAGAGGGCCAGAAUAUCGAACACUUCCUGGGGAUCUUUGCUUCCCUUCUCCGACUCCUCCCUGGGGGCUCUGCGCCACGAAUCCGGACAUUAGCCAAAUUCAUGGAAAAGGACUAUGCAAGAAUCGAGAAGCUUAUCACUUUGAGACGAGAGUAUGCCGCGCGUGUCUCGCCAGUGGAACAAGCCAUUGCAAAGGAGCGCAGAACUUUCGAUGAGGAGGAACAAGAACUUAUGGCCGGGGAAUGGUUGUCCAGGCGGCUCGACGCUGGCCUGUUCUCAUUACAGACCAUCGAUGUUAUUCUGGCAUGGCUUCUUGCCGAAGACGAUGGAGCAAAGAAGAAGAUCGUGUCGCUUCUUGCGGAUCGUGAUGAAGAUUUGUCUUUGGUCCGCGGCACGUUGAAAGAACAACUCGAGGGACUCGGUGAGGAGGAACCAGGCCAUAAAGACUUCAAAGACAUGCUCAGCACUCUUUUGCAGUUUGUGUGA